AAUAGUCGUCUUUGAUCAAAAAAGUGACUUAUUCCUAAACAAUCAAUUAGUGUUCGCCAUAUCCUUGAACCUCUUUCCCCACACUUCAUUUCCUUUUAUAUCCUUUCUGCCUCCAGGAACAAUUGACUUUAAUUUUAAUUUUGCCUUUUUGUCGCAUCAUCACAGGAAACAAAAAAUCCGAAUAGCACAUUCACACACACUCACAUCAAUAACAAUCACAAAUGGAUAACUACCACAGCCACUUCGGAUACACCGCCAGCACCGACGCCACCGCGUACAUAUCUACCCUGCGGUACCCAGCGAUGAACAUGGCACCGAUGAUGGGCGCGCCAAUGCACAUGCUGCCAUCCGUCGACACUCUCAGCGCAGCCUCCGCUGCCGCCACCGUCUCUGCACCGGCCCCGGUCCCGUCAACAACCCUCUUGCCCUUCUCCUCGCGCAUCGGCGGCAGCAAGUCCUCCUCCUGCCUGAUCUUUCGCUACGACGACGCUCGGGGAACCAGCGAGUACAAGUGCCAUCAAAUGUCUACUUCUGAUGGCCGCCUGUUUAUCGAGCACAUGCCGAACCACAGUGUCUUGUAUAUUCCCAACAACUGCUCCGUUGACCAUGUGCUGAGAGAUCUGCGCAAGCCUCGCAGUCUGACAAAGCAGCAGAAGGCACAGAAGGCACAGGAGUUGGCCCAGCAGCAGCAACAGCAGGCUCAGCAGCAGCAGUUGGCUCAGCAGCAGUUGGCGCAUCAGGAGCAGCAGGCUCAGCUGGUCCAGCAGCAGUACAGCCACCCUAUCCAAUAUGACCAACCUCCUAUCCAGUACGAUCAGCCUCCUAUGCACUACGACCAGUCACAUAUGCACUACGAACAGCCGCAGAUGCAUUAUGACCAGGCGCAGAUGCACUACGACCAGCCUCCCAUGAAUAGCAUUCAGCACCAGUACCAGCCAGAGCAGCAGGUGCAGCAGCCCCAGCAGCAGACCCAGGCCCAGGACCAGACCCGGAAGUCUGCCACCUCCACGCCGGCGCCGGCAUCAACGCCAGCGCGCAAGCCAAAGGAAAAGUCUUCCAAGCCUAUCAACGCCUUCAUCAAGUACCGCAGCUACAAGAUUGCCGAGCUCAAGCAGCAAUACCCCGAGGUCAGCCAAACCGAGAUCUCCCGGCUGGCCGGCGAGUGCUGGAAAACCGAAAUCGAAGAUAUCAAGAACCAGUUCCGUGUGCAAUACAUGGAAGAGAAGAAGCUCUACGACCUGAAAAAGGCCAGCACCAGCAGCAAGCGGUCCCGCGGCUGCAGCGAGGCGCCCUCAGACACCGACGCCUCCGUGGUUUCCACCGCCGGUGACCUCACCGCCGACGCGAUCCUCGCGGAGAACGGCAGCAUCAGCGCGCCACUCCCCGGCAGCCUUGACGCAGCCUCUGGCGGCCUUGGCUUGCCAUCGGGGUUUGAUCCUAAGCGCCGCCGCCGCAGCCUCACGCUGCCGCAGAACACCGCCGCGGCUGCCGCCAGAGCAGCUUCCUCGUCGCCAAUGCUGCUGCCGCAUAGCACCAAGCGCCGCCGCUGCGUCACCGUCGAUAUGCGCAAGCAAUUGGCGGCCAAAACAUCGGCGUUCAUGAGUACGCCGCCGAGAAUCGAUACGACGCCAGCAACUCUGUGCGCGCGCUCCAGCUCAAUGAGCGAAACCACCAGCAGUAAUAUUCCGCACUACGGCGCCAUUAGCGUCUAUGACCAGCUAAGCUUUGCUACGCCCUCGAUGCACCCGGUGGAUAUGGCCAGCCCGCAGAUGCUUGGGCUCAACGCCAAUAGCCCGUACCUGGACAUGUCGCCGAUGACCUUGCCUAUUAACCAGACAUUCUCCCUCCCCGCUCCCUUCACAUCUAUGUCGCCGCCCCAGUGCAACAACACCCUUGGUACUAUGGGCUCCUAUGGUCCUGUGGUUGGCGAUGGCUCAGCUGUCGCCGCUGCGGCUGCGGCUGCUGCUGCUGCGGCUUUCGAGCUGUACACAGCCGAGGGCGACGACCUGGUGGCUGCCAGCUUGUCCACAUUGAUGGCCAACAACCAGGCUACGGUCAAUGCCGAUAUGUAUGCUUCCAAUGGCUCGCUUAUUCAGACGGCUGCUCCCCUGGGGGGAGCAGAUCCCAAUAUGAUGUCGAUCCAUGGAUCUGGGUAUUACACGCCGCCGCAACAGAUCUAGAGACAAUUUUUUUAAUUGUUAAAAUGUUUAUCUUUGUCAAUGAAUCAUUUAAUUAUUUUCUCAAUCUCUUUUUUGGUUGCAAUUUAUAAAAAAAAACAGGAAUUAAUUAUUGUUUUUUCUUUCUUUCAUCCGCCUGUCCGUCAUUUGUACAUAUGCAGUGUAAUUUUUCUUCCAGUUAAAGUGCGGAAUACGGC